GCGCAUGUAUUGAAGCACCAAAUUCGGCACUUGCUUGGACUUUUCUCAAACGGUCACUUAUUACGUUUUCAAUUAUUGGAUCGAUCACACGCAGCGAAAUUUCCUCAUCAUAUAUUCAAACAUAUUUUCGUUUGUUAAAUAUUUCGAAAAUUGCAAACAAGUUACUCAACUAAAUUCAAAGUGAAUUCCAUUUCUACGAUCAAAAAUUAAAUUUUGAAACCAAAUCAAAUUAUUUGAACUAAAACAUAUUCAAUUACUGUGAAUUUGUCAACGUUUUUUUUUGGAAAGUCUAUUGAAAAAAGAAAGAUGGCCAAAAUACCGGAACUCGGUCUCAACAUUCCGUUUUGUUGCUGUUUCGAUCUGCGCACUGGUGGCUUGGUGGUUGGAUACAUCGAUUUGAUUUAUACUGCAAUGCUACUUCUUUCCGCCAAUAUUGUUGAUGAUCUAUCUUUUGGCUUAUUUUUGUUGAACGCGUUGCUAUUGGGUGUUUACGGCAGCUGGGUCUAUGGCGUCCAUACCGAAUCGACCAGAUUCAUGAUUCCAGCUGUCGUUCUCGGGGUGAUCUAUUAUGGUUUAUGUCUGGUUGUUUUGGCACUCAUUCCCAUUUUCGGAAUUGCAUAUGGCGCGCACUUUUACCAACUUUAUCUCCCGGAAAUUUACGAACUUCAUCUCCCGCAAAUUUACCAACUUAUUCCGAACUUCGAAAAACAAUUAGCUGACCUCGGUGCAGCUCUUGUCUACAUUGUGUUCAUCUUCUGGGGUCUUGCAACAGCAUUUCAAUGGCUUUUCACGGCUGUCAAGUAUUCCCUGUACAAGCGAAUGGUAGAGGCCAAUCAAUCGAAUGCAGAUUCAAGUGUAAACGUUCAAUACAUUGGUGCAUGAAAGUGCCAAUUUCGAAUAAUCAUUUUUUCUAAUCAACUGAACACACCAAAGUGUGAGAAACCACGAAAUUCCGAAAAAUAAAUGUUCAACCUUA